AUGGAUUCGAUCGUGACGGCCCGUUUCUGUUUCCUAAAUGAUGGUCGCCGCACCUUUGUGCGCCGUGGUGCCACUCGGAGGGCGCUCGAUCUAUCGCUGGUCUCGGAGGAGUGCCACUACACAUGGCAACGCGUGCCGGACACCGAGAGCUCGGAUCACUACCCAAUCAUCCCCGAGCCCCUCUACGCUGGUGCCCCGCGCUGCAAUACUUACAGUGUAGUGAACUGGCCUCGUUUCCGCGAACUGUGUGCUACAGUGCCAGUCGCAGAAGACUUCCUACACCACAUUGUUGAGUGUGCCAGUGCUGCCAUGACAGUGUGUCGAGUGCCGUCCGGAACACCUGUGCCAGACAUCAAGCUGCUCAAUCUUCGUGCAGCUGACCGCUUGGCCCAGCGCCGAGCGGAACACUCGGAUAAAGCAGACGACUGGACCGUUUACAACCACAUCGAUGCAGUUUGUCGUCACCACGCCCACCAACAAUGGUAUCGCGGCUGGUCCAGCCUUUGCCACACCUUUGACGAUCCGCGCUGCCAUCGGCGUGCCUGGCGCAUUUUCUGGGUGCUCCUGCGACCACGAGUCCUCCGUCAGCCCGAGCUCUCCAUCGCAGUGGUGCUCUCUAUUUCCACCGCACAGCUGGCUAAGCUACUGGCAGAUACCGUCGCAAGCCUCACUGUCAAUGCUGCUGCUGCUCCCGCCCCUCAGCUCCCAGAGCACGCGAGACCAGAACUUUUCGCGCCUUUCUGGUAUUUCUCUACGGCAGCCAUCGUCGAGGCGACAUCAGAGCUCUGCUCGGUGGAUUUCACCAUCACGAAGCUGCGUGCGGUGCUUGACAGCCGCAAGCGUCGAUCAGUGCCCGGUAACGAUGGCAUCACCUAUACGAUGCUGCGCAACAUCGACGGGAACCUCCUGUCGCAGCUUCUCGGUGCCUUCAACACGAUCUGGCGCACUGAGGAACUCCCUCCUUCGUGGAAAGAGGCGCUGGUGAUCCCGAUCUAUAAGAAGGGGAAGGCGACGUCGGAGCCUCCAUCCUACCACCCCGUAUCGCUCACAUCGGCUGCGGGGAAAACUUUCGAGGACAUGGCGCUCUGGCGCCUACAGUGGAUAGCCACUGCGCUUGAUUUCCUCGCGGCCGAACAGAGCGGCUUCAGAGCUCAUCGGGCGACUGCGGAUUCCAUCUCCGACGUCAUCAGCCUUCUGGAAGAGGCCAAGCAUCAGGGAGAAGCUGGUUACCUCGUUUUGUUCGACGUGCGGAUUGCCUUAGACUCUCUUCCGCACCCCACGUCAUGGACGCCCUUCGUGAAAUGUGUGUGUGCCACAAAUGUGGAGAUGCGUGGAAGCAUUCCUCCCCCUGGCAGCAUCAACGACUACAUCCCACUCGGCACAGCCUACGAGGUGCGUGUGGCCGACUAUGCUGUCGACAUCGCGCUCUUCACGAGUGUACCUACCUCCCGUGGUCGCCAAGUUCGUGAGAGCCUCCAGGCUGCUAUAAAUGCAGUGGCCAGCUUUAUAAGUGGCGUGGGCCUCGAACUCUCCGCCACUAAGACCGAGGGCCUUCUCGCCCACCCGUGCAAAACGGCCCGCUACUACGUCCCGAAGCUGCGCCUUCGUGGCCACCAGCUGCCAUGGAGGAAAAGAGUCCGAUACCUCGGGCUCACAAUGAACCACCGCCUCAGCUGGAAGCCCGCGAUCGCCGAUAUUCGAGAGGGAUCGCGCAGGAGUGCCGGAAUGGCCUCUCGCCUCAUCGCGGGCGGCACACGCUGCUCCCCAGACAUCGCUUUGCGCCUGUACAAUGCGGUGGCCUCACCAGAACCCUCUAUGCAGUGCCUCUUCUCGGGCUCAAACCCACACAAUGGGUCACGCUCGAUGUUGAUCAUCGUGGCACCAUGUGCGCCUCUUCGGCUUACCGCGAUCCUCGUCAAUCGGCCCCAACCUCGCGGAGGCCAAUCAGACGCUUCUUUCACUCCGAGCGAAAGGCGCCGCCCUGCGACACCUGCAUCGCAUGCACCGGACGCCUGA